CGCACAUCCGAUCCGGUCUGGUGCGGUGCGGUGCGGUGGAGAGACUUCAGAGGCGCGCGCGUGCAGAGGGAGCAGCCAGGUGAAGCUCCUCACCGUCACACAGAUCUCCUUUAUUUGAAUACAUCAAGACGAGCGUGCCUGCAAUGUGCUGAACAACACUCUGCCCAGUCGAAUAAACACCAAAAUACACCUCACUCACAGAAAAAAGCACACACACACACACACACACACACACACACACACACACACACACACUCUCCAUGGCACACCCGUAUGAGCCGUGGCUGCGUGCGGCGCCCCCUGGAGGCCCAGAGGAGGUGGGCAUGUCUGGUUGGUGGGAUCUACACGGUGGAGCUGCAGGAGGCUGGAUGGACCUGCAGGGAUCACAAGGGCUCGGGGUUGGGGGCGGGGCCAUGGCUCAGGGUGGGUCCAUGGGUCUGCAGCCAACCGUCAGCACCUACAACCCUGAGGCUCAGAUGUGCUGCCUGCCCUCCUCACCCCAUGCUGGUCCACUUUACCCACCUGAUGGCUUUAAAAUGGAGCCAAUGGCACCGGACAUGCUGCAUACUCCACAUCAUGCCACCUCCUUUUCCCUGGAGGACUCGCAGGAGGGAGCGAGCGGAUCGGCACGGCCCAAAUCGCAGCGCCGAUCUGGAACCAGAGCUCCGGGUCAAACAGCCUGUCGCUGCCCAAACUGCCUGAGUGCAGAGUCUCUAGGAACCAGCAAUGACAGCGAUGAUGCCAACAAGCGCAAACACCUGCACAACUGCCACAUCCCGGGCUGUGGGAAGGCCUAUGUGAAAACGUCGCACCUGAAAGCUCACCUACGCUGGCACAGCGGAGACCGGCCCUUCGUCUGCAACUGGCUGUUCUGUGGGAAACGCUUCACGCGCUCUGACGAGCUGCAGCGCCACCUGCAGACGCACACCGGUGCCAAGCGUUUCAGCUGCAGCGUUUGUCCACGUGUCUUCAUGCGCUCAGACCACCUGACCAAGCACAUGCGUGUUCACGAGGAGCAGGGAGGCACAGAAAACUCCUCACCUGCCUCCAUCGGUGACGGAGCUCUAACCUCUGCUCCACCCGCUGUAGCAGCACCGAGCAUGUGUCUGAAGAGCGAAACCAGUGCUAGCGGAGAUGAGACACCAGCAAACAGCACCUAACCAACACCAUGUGAACACGUCCUUAUCCCUGAAGCUAAUGCUAAACUCCACUGUACUGUUAACACUAAACUCCCACUUGCUAGUCACAGCACUGUUAGCAUCAACUGGUUAAGAAAAGUGGUGUUAGCAUUGUUAGCAUGAACUAACACUGGUUAUCACUGAUUCAAGGUGAAUCUAGCAUCAGUAACAUUAGGCUGUUAACAUUGCUUACCAUUAAUCAGUUGCAGUAUUAGCAUUAGAUGGCUGUCACUGGAGGCAUUGCUUAUGCUAACAGUACCAACACCAAUAUAAUCACUAAAUAAGGAGCUAGCGCUGCAAGCAUUAGCCAGUUAAUACUGUUUUUCACUUAUUAAUGGUGGAGUUAACAUUGUUAAUAAAUACUGAAUAACAUUGAUUAAUUUAUAGUUAGAACUUUUAGCAUCACUGAUUAGCACUGGAUAGCACUGAUCGAAGCGUUUUAGUUAGCAUUAACAAAAGCUAUUAGCACUGAUAUUAUCACCUGCAGAAUAUCAAAAAUUAGUUUAGGUGUUAGCAGGGUUGCCAAUAGCUUGCCACACUGGUUGACUAAUAGUGGGGAUAGCACUGUUAGCACUGUUAGCUGGUUAGUACUGAAUGUCACUGACUACUGCUGCAGUUAGCAUUCAGUUAGUAAUAGUGACAUUAGCACUGCUGUUAGCAUAAGAUGGAAUACAUACCAUAUCACUCAAUAAUAGUGAUUUGAUGUUACAAAUGACUGUGAUAUUAUGUGAUGUUAGCAGCGUUAGCGUAGCAAGAUUGUCAUGCAUAACACGUAGCGCUGGAAAGAUUAAUGCAGUUAUUAGAGUUAAUACUGUUUACAUUAGUGCUGCUAAUAAUAGGGAUUACUGUUAGCAACACACACACGCGCGUGCGCGCUUACAUGUAGAGUUUAAUAAAGAAAAGUGUAGUUCAGUUGAUGAUCUAAUGAUUUUAUGAUGAUGUGGUGAAGUUCAUUGUUUCACUCAAACUCGACAUGUCUGCCUUUCAUGGCUUUAAUAUUUAAUAUUUUUAAUAUUUUUUAUUUCUGAGUGUAAUUUAUUAAUGACCAGAGACUCAAACAUUUAUUACACACAUACUGAUUAAUC